AUGGAUGAUCACGAUUUCAAGUCAAUAAUUCAACACUACGGCCGAGAAAAGUUCUACCAUUCGAUGCAGAAUCGCUCCUUUGAGGGCCUGUCGAAGUUCUCUGGCAAUCUCUCCUUCAGAUUCUACAAUGGCAUCGCUCUGGUUCUCGGCAAUCGCAAUCAGGAGGGAAUUCGCGAGCUCACGCCCAUGCAAGGUGAGAAGGAGUACUCAAUGGCGGUGACUUUAGCCCUGAUGUUCGCCCACAAGAGGUGUGCUGUCGUGGACAAGGAAGCCCUCAUCAAUUUGGAUGCAAAGUUGAAGGAGGAGAGAAAGCAAUUGACUGCCUUUUCGGCAUAUUACGCCUCAGUCUUUCUCCUUCUGACUGGGAAGUACGAGAAGGCGAAGGAAUAUGCGGAGAGAGCAUUGAAAUUCAACAGCAACUUUCCUGAUGCCUUGAGCUUGAAAGGAUGGUCGGAAUUGCUGGGCGGAAAUCGAGUAAACAGAGCAACAUUUGAGCUGUUCGAAGGCGCUUUGCAGUCCGGAAAGAGCAUCGAUGCGAGCCUUGGACAAGUGCGAUACUAUCAAAUCAUCAAUGAUUACGAGAAUGCCAUUGGCAUUCUCAAUAAACUCUCCAUUCGCUAUCCGGAGCUGAACAUUCCUCUGGUGGAGAAGAUGAAGUCACAGCUGGCGAAUUGGCACUGGGAUCACUCGCUGGAAACGGCCACGAGGAUUCUCAACCUGGAGCCGACGAACAUCGAAGCGUUGCGCGUGAAGAUCCUGAUUCUGGUGUGUCGCGAUGGGAAUUACGGUGGCGGAGCAAGAGAAUUGCAGAAACUCUUUUCCGCCAUGAGCAAAGUUGAGCCGUCGAAUUCUGAGCUGUACUUCCACAUUGGGCAGCUCUUCUCGCGCGUGUGCGGUCGCAAUGGGAUGAUCCUGGAGGAGACGGUGAAGUUCAUCGAGAAGGCCAAUCAGUUGUCGCCGGCGAAUGCGAUUUUCCUCACCGAACAGGGAUAUCAUGCGUAUCUGGCGGGGAAGAUGAAAGAGGCGACGAAGCAGUUCAAGGUGGCCACAAAAGUCGAUGACAGUGCUAUUCAAGCACUCUGCGGAUUGACUCUCUGCCAAUUGGCAGAGUCUGGAGCGUCUGAGCAAGUGAGUCAACAGAUAGAAUUCCUCACGGAAAUCCAGGGAAGCACGAAGCUUCCGCUCUUGCUCUGGAUGUCAUCGAAACUCCUGCACGAUGACUCAGAGCAGGCAAUAGCGCUGAUGGUGGAGGCUUGUGAGAUUCAAUUGAAAAACUUGAGAACUCUCUCAUUUGGGGCGGAAUAUCUCAGGCGAUUUGAUCCGGACAUUCUGCUGGAAGUGGCCAGAGAUCUGCUUCAAUUCUCACCCAUUCAAGUGUCCGUGUCAAUGGGUGCUCUUUCCUCACGCGACAAUUUGCACAUUUCACUGAAGCACAGCCUGAAUAUCUUGGAAGUGAUUGUGAAGGCUUGUCCGGGACUGAUUCAAGGGGUUUUCCUCCUGGCGAAGGUGCAAUUUCUCUGCGGUGAAGUGCACACAUCGACAAACACACUCCAGCACAUCCUCACGGACAUUGAUCCGACAUAUUCAGAGGCUCACUUGCUCUCUGCGCAGAUCAACAUUCAGCAGAAGCAGUUCCAGCGAGCAUCGCAGAAUCUGGAGAUUUGUCUGAGUCACAAUUUCAAGGUGCGCGAGAAUCCCACUUAUCAUCUCUUCAAUGGGAUCAUUCAGAAGAACGAUCAUCAGUAUGAUGAGGCGCUGAAGAGCUUUCUAAUGGCCAUGAGCUUGAUUGGUGUCAACACUGAGGCGAUGAGUGUGAAAGUUUCCAUGCCUUUGGCUGCAAAUUCAUCCCCCAAAAGUGCUCAAAGUCUGAGUUUGGCAGACAAAGUGACACUCUAUCUUGAGAUGGUGGACACUUACAUGUUGAUGAACUUGAAUUCAGACGCCACAAAGCUCAUGCAGGACGCAAUGGAGGAAUUCACGGGAACUUCUGAAGAGGGACGACUUGUAAUUGCCAAUGCAGACUUGUCACUUCGCCAUGGAAAUAUUGAUACUGUGUUGAGAUUGUUGGGAAACAUUCAAUCCGGACAGCCUUACUAUGUUCAGGCAAAGACGAAGAUGGCUAAUAUUUACUUGACUCACCGAAAGGAUCGCGUGGCAUUUGCUCAGUGCUUUCGAGAGCUGGUGGAAGAAUAUCCCGAACCUGAGACGUAUAUAAUACUAGGGGAUGCUUUCAUGUCUAUUCAGGAGCCAGACGAUGCCUUGGAUGCCUACAAAGAGGCUCUGAAGCGCAAUCCGCGUGAUCCCAACUUGGCCAGUAAGUUGGGCAGAGCUUACGUGAAGACCCAUCAAUACACCAUGGCAAUCAAUUACUACAGAGAAGCGACAAUGUAUCCGGAAAAUGCUCCGCUCAAGCUCGAUCUUGCGGAGCUUUAUCUGAAGUUGAAGCAAUUCACGAAUGCCGAACAGACGUUGAUUGAUGAAAUUGAGUCCAUGAAGGAUGAUCUUGAGGAUGUUGAUGUGCUUCAGCUGAGAACAAAGCAGUUGCUUCUGUUGGCACGCGUUCGGGAGAAGGCUGGACAUCUAAACUCAUCUCUGUCGACGCUGAAGGAGGCGCGAGACAAUCAGUACAAAGUGCAACAGCGUCUCAAUCUGGAGUCUUCGUUGAUUCCUGAACAGAGGAGAAUUUUGUCGAAGAUUUGCGUCCUGAUGGCGGAACAAUCCAUUCACUUGCGUGACAAUGAUCAAGCGGUUCAUCACUACAAGGAGGCGCUGAAGUUUUCACCUCAAGAUGUUAACAUCUUGGCGUCCAUCGCGCGGCUGUUCAUGCAAGUGAACAACAUGGAUCAGUGCCAACAGACUUGUGGGCAGAUUUUGCAGAUUGAUCCAAACAAUGAGACUGCUUCGGUGAUGAUGGCGGACCUUUCGUUUCGCAGGAUGGAUUUCGAGAAGGCUUCCUAUCACUUCUCGCAGCUGCUCGUCAAUCAGCCAACUUACUGGACCGCUCUGGCGCGUCUCAUUGAAGUGAUGCGUCGAUCGGCGAAAUUGACUGAGGCCACGGAUUUCCUGGUCAGAGCGGAGCAGAGCUGUGUUCAGCCGUCAUUUGAUUCUGGCCUGAACUACUGCAAAGGCCUCUAUGAGUGGUACAUUGGGAAUCCCAACUCUGCUCUGCGCUACUUCAACAACGCCCGCAAGGACUCCGAAUGGGGCCAACAGGCGAUAUUCAACAUGAUUGAGAUCUGCAUCAAUCCCGAUGGCGAAUUGCCGAAUGAGAACAUGUCGGAGACCAGUGAGUUUGACUUCAGAGAUCCUCAAAUCAUGGCAAUUCGCACAGCCGAACGGCUGCUGAAGGAGCUGAAACCUCGUCCAGGAUGUAUGGACAAUGAAUCCCUGAAUUACAAACUGCUGCAGAACUUUAUCCUGCUCGCCACGCGGCAGAAGCCCAGCAUCGAAGGGGCGCUGAAUGGAUUUCUCAGCAUCGCCAGUCAGGAGGAGUAUAGAGAACAUGUGGGCCCAAUACUCGGCAUGGCGUCUGCCUAUGUGAUGCUGAAACAGUCUCAGAGGGCGAAGAAUCAGCUGAAGCGCGUGGCAAAGUCUUCGUGGACAUUCGAGGAUGCUGAACACUUGGAGAGAUGUUGGCUUCUUUUGGCUGAUCUCUAUAUUCAAGCCAAUAAGAUGGAAAUGGCAGCUGAGUAUCUGAAUCGUGUUCUUGAGCACAACAAGUCCUGUGCGAAGGCGUACGAAUUGUGCGGCAUGAUUGCGGAGAAGGAGCAAGUUUAUCGCUCUGCGGCAACUCACUACGAUGCAGCAUGGCGUUAUGGUGGCAAAUCCAAGCCAACAAUUGGCUACAAAUUGGCGUAUCACUAUAUGAAGUGCAAGAGAUUCGCCGAUGCCAUUGAUGUGUGUCAGCAAGUCCUGAAAUUGCAUCCAGACUUCACUAUGAUAAAGAAGGACAUUCUGGAGAAGUGUCGCAAUAAUCUACGAAAUUAGAGAGUGGGUGAGAAACAAUCACGUGAAAUACACCGAGUGAGUAUAUAUUUUUUGAAACACAGAUGAAUACAAUAAGCUUACAAUCUAUCUUAAGACAUUGAUACUGUAUACUUUGAUCCUUUUUCAAAUGCACACACACACACACACACAUAAAAAUUUGAUAUUUGCAUAGA